AUGUCCAUCGUCGGCAACUUCGUCUCCAAUGGCGACCGGACCGCGGCGACCCAGGGCAUCGGCGGCGUGAACAACCCCCAAGCGCCCUACAUCGAGCCUGCGUCCGACAACUCGUCGUCGCACGAACUCGAGGAAUUCGACCCCGAGAAGCGGCGACGUCAGACCGCCGACAGCGAGGGCACCACCAUCACCCGAUCCGGAAGCCUGGAUGAGCGAGAGCGCCGGAGACGGGAUCAGGAGGUUCACGCCCUGGCCCGCAAAUUCACCCAGCAGUCGCAUCAAAGCACCUCCCAGGAGAACCCCUUCCAGUCUUCCGAAGAUUCCAGGCUCAACCCGCAAUCGCCCAACUUCAGCCCUCGCGCCUUUGCCAAAUCGCUCCUCCAUCUGCAAUCCCGCGACCCCGAGAAAUGGAAGGCUCGGACCGCGGGAUUUGCUUUCAAGGAUCUGAACGUCUACGGAUUCGGCUCCGCCACUGACUAUCAGAAAACGGUCGGCAACUACAUUUUCGAAAUCCCGGGCCUUAUCAGGAAGUUGCUCGGCAAAGAGAAGCCCCGCCGGAUUGACAUCCUGCAAAACCUGGAUGGCGUCGUCCAUAGUGGUGAGAUGCUGGUCGUACUUGGUCCUCCCGGCAGUGGGUGCUCAACAUUUCUGAAGACUGUCGCCGGAGAGACCAACGGCUUCUUCAUCGACAAAGAGUCGCGGAUUAACUACCAGGGCAUCUCCCCCGAACAGAUGCACCGGGACUUUCGAGGCGAGGCCAUUUACACGGCCGAGGUCGAUGUGCACUUCCCCAUGCUGACAGUCGGUCAGACGCUGGAGUUCGCGGCCAUGGCGCGAACACCACGCCAUAUUCCGGGCGGCAUCACCCGGGAUGAGUUUGCUCGGUACCAGAGAGACGUGAUGAUGGCGAGUUUUGGUAUCAGCCACACCAUCAACACCUACGUCGGAAACGAUUUCAUCCGAGGUGUCAGUGGUGGAGAGCGGAAGCGGACCACCAUUGCGGAAGCCUGCCUCAGCGGCUCCCCUCUCCAAUGCUGGGACAACAGCACGCGAGGAUUGGACAGUGCUAACGCCAUCGAAUUCGUCAAGACCCUGAAGAUGAGUACCGACCUGAUGGGAGCGACCUGCUGCGUAGCCAUCUACCAAUCGCCCCAGAGUGCCUACGACCUGUUCGAUAAGGUUCUGGUUCUGUACGAGGGCAGACAGAUUUUCUUCGGCCCGUGUACCGAGGCGCGAGCCUACUUUGAGAACAUGGGCUUCGAGUGCCCCGCCCAGCAGACCACCGCCGACUUCUUGACUUCCAUGACCAGUCACCUAGAACGGGUGGUGCGUCCGGGCUUCGAGGACCGCGUGCCCCGUACGGCUGAUGAAUUUGCUCUCGUCUGGAAGAACAGCCCCGAGCGCGCGGCCCUCGUGGUCGACAUUGAUGCCUACAACCAGAAAUACCAGCCCGGCGGUCAGCAUCUACAGGAGUUUCAAGACUCCCGCCGAGUACAGCAGUCUAAGCACCAACAUGUGUCCAGUCCCUACACCAUGUCGUAUAUUGGACAGGUUAAGCUCUGCCUCCGUCGGGGCAUCUGGAGAUUGAUAGGAGACCCGAGUCUGACGCUGACUCAACUCGGCGGGAACUCCUCCAUGGCCCUGAUCAUCGCCAGUGUCUUCUACGAUUUGCCCUCGACCGCCGACUCCUUCUUCUCCCGAAGCGCCCUCAUUUUCUUCGCCAUUUUGAUGUCCGCCUUCAGUAGUGCUCUCGAGAUUCUCACCCUGUACGCCCAACGUCCAAUCGUCGAGAAGCAUGCCCGAUAUGCCCUGUACCACCCUUCGUGUGAAGCGAUCGCGUCUAUGUUGACCGAUAUGCCUUACAAGAUACUGAAUGCUAUCCUCUUUAACGUGACGCUCUACUUCAUGUCCAACCUGAACCGGCAGGCUGGGAACUUCUUCUUCUUCCUCCUGGUCUCGUUUUUGCUGACCUUAGUCAUGUCUAUGUUGUUCCGCACCAUUGCAUCCGUCUCCCGUACCUUGUCUCAGGCCCUAGCGCCGGCUGCGGUUCUCAUCCUGGCUAUCGUCAUCUAUACCGGCUUUGCCCUCCCCGUGCCAAACAUGCUAGGCUGGGCGAGAUGGCUCAACUACAUCGACCCGGUUGCUUAUGCAUUUGAGUCGCUGAUGGUGAACGAGUUCGCGGGAAAGAAUUACACCUGUCUCCCGGCCUCCUUCAUUCCCAGCGGCGCAGGCUACGAAGACGUUCUGCCCACGGAACAAAUCUGCUCGGUCGUGGGAGCCGUGGCAGGCCAAAACUACGUUGAAGGCGCCCAGCAUAUCUUGACAGCUUACACCUACAAGGAGUCGAACAAGUGGCGGAACGUCGGCAUCAUGUUUCCAUUCCUAUUUUUCUUCUGUGCGACCUACAUCAUCGCCUGCGAGUACAUCACUUCCAAGAAAUCCAAGGGUGAGGUGUUACUUUUCCGCCGGGGCCGCACCCCCGCCCAGCUCAAGACUAGGGCCGGCGAUAUCGAGGGUGGAAACAAUGCAGGCGUGCCAGUGGGGAAGACAUCUACAAAUCUAGACGUCGGCACGAUCAUCAAGAAGCAAACCGCCAUCUUCUCGUGGGAGGACGUCUGCUACGACAUUAAGAUCAAGGGAGAACCCCGCCGGAUCCUGGAUCAUGUUGACGGAUGGGUUAAGCCCGGAACCCUGACUGCCCUCAUGGGCGUGUCGGGAGCUGGGAAAACCACUCUUCUCGAUGUCCUGGCCACGCGAACGACGAUGGGUGUUAUCACCGGCAACAUGCUUGUCGACGGACGCCCUCGCGAUGACUCCUUCCAACGCAAGACUGGAUACGUGCAACAGCAAGAUCUCCAUCUCUCCACCACGACCGUUCGCGAAGCUCUUACCUUUUCAGCUCUUCUCAGACAGCCUGCCGCAACUCCCCGCCAGGAGAAGAUUGAUUAUGUUGACGAGGUCAUCAAACUUCUCGACAUGGAAGAAUAUGCCGAUGCAAUCGUGGGUGUACCUGGAGAAGGCCUCAAUGUCGAACAACGUAAGCGCUUGACGAUCGGAGUCGAGUUGGCAGCCAAGCCCGAACUUCUACUCUUCUUGGACGAACCCACGUCUGGUCUUGACUCUCAGACAUCCUGGGCGAUCUGUGACCUGAUGGAGAAACUCACCAAGAACGGCCAGGCGAUCCUCUGUACCAUUCACCAACCUUCCGCCAUGCUGUUCCAACGUUUCGACCGUCUUUUGUUCCUCGCCAAGGGAGGACGUACCGUUUACUUUGGUGAAGUUGGAGAGGGAUCUCACAUUCUGAUCAAGUACUUUGAGAGAUUCUCCGGAAUGACCUGCCCCCCUACUGCUAACCCCGCUGAAUGGAUGCUCGAAGUCAUCGGAGCAGCCCCGGGCACCCACUCGGACGUUGAUUGGCACGAAGCAUGGCGCGGCUCUCCCGAAUUUCAAUCCGUCAAGCAAGAACUGGCCCGUCUUGCCGAUGAGCUCCCCAAGACCACCCCGCCGCCCUCUUCUGGUGACAAGGCUUCCUAUCGCGAAUUUGCCGCCCCGAUGAUGGUCCAGCAAUACGAGGUGCUGAAGCGUGUCUUCCAACAAUAUUGGCGGACCCCCAACUACAUCUUCUCCAAAACGAGUCUCUGCGUUGCGUCCGCGGCAUUUAUUGGUUUCUCGUUCUUCGACUCCGGCACCUCGCAACAAGAGUUGCAGAAUCAGAUGUUCGCCAUCUUCAUGAUCUUCACAAUCUUCGGCAACAUCGUCCAGCAAAUUAUGCCUCACUUCGUAACUCAGCGUGCCCUUUACGAGGUGCGCGAGCGCCCGUCCAAAACAUAUUCCUGGGCAGCCUUCAUGGUCUCGAGCAUCGUCGUCGAGCUUCCCUGGAACACCCUCAUGUCCAUUCUCAUGUUUUUCUGCUGGUACUACCCCGCCGGUCUCUACAAGAACGCCUCACCCACCGAUGCUACUGGGGAGCGCGGCCUCCUCAUGUUCCUCUUCCUCUGGGUCUUCCUGCUCUUCACCUCGACCUUUGCGACCAUGGUCAUCGCCGCCGUCGACUCGGCCGAGGUCGGAGGUAACAUUGCCAAUCUCGCGUUCUCACUCACCCUAGUCUUCUGUGGUGUUCUCGCCUCCCCCGACGUCUUCCCCAGGUUCUGGAUCUUCAUGUACCGCGUCUCGCCCUUCACAUACCUCGUAGACGGUAUGCUGUCCGUCGGCAUCGCGAACAACGUGGUCGAGUGCUCCGCCGCCGAACUGCGCAAAUUCACCGCCAGAGCCGGCCAGACCUGCGCCGAAUACAUGAACGACUACAUCGUGACGCAAGACAAAGGCGGUAGCCUGUUAGACCCGAACGCUACGGGCGAGUGCUCGUACUGCUCGCUCGACUCGACCAAUCAGUUCCUCUCGGCGCUGGAUCUCGACUAUGGGAACCGGUGGAGGAACUUUGGGCUGAUGUGGGUCUACGUCGUCUUCAACUGUUGCGGAGCCGUGCUCCUCUACUGGCUGGUGCGCGUCCCGAAGAAGACCAAGGCGAAGAAGGAGUAG